AGGCCGCGCGCGCAUGCGUCCUUGCAGUCCAGUGAUGGCGGGUGCAGGGAUCUUGCCUUUUCGGCUCUGUAGGGUGACACCGAGACUUUCUCGCUUCUUCAGCAGGAGCAGCCCCGCGGGCCGAGCGCUCUCCGUGCCCGAGCGCAUCGAGAAGAAGCGUCAGGCAGCGCUGCUCGGGGGCGGCCAGGCCCGUAUAGAUGCACAGCAUCGGCGGGGAAAGCUGACAGCCAGGGAGCGCAUUCUGCUCUUAUUGGAUCCUGACAGUUUUGUAGAGUAUGACAUGUUUGUGGAACAUAGAUGUGCAGACUUUGGAAUGGAGGCUGAAAAAAACAAGUACCCUGGAGAUAGUGUUGUAACAGGCCAGGGCAGAAUCAAUGGGAGACUGGCUUAUGUCUUCAGUCAGGAUUUCACUGUGUUUGGAGGCAGUUUGUCUGGAGCUCACGCUCAAAAGGUUUGCAAGAUCAUGGAUCAGGCUGUUAUGGUUGGUGCUCCUGUGAUUGGACUGAACGAUUCAGGAGGGGCCCGUAUCCAAGAAGGGGUAGAGUCACUGGCUGGUUAUGCUGAUAUUUUUUUGAGAAACGUUUUAUGUUCUGGGGUAGUUCCGCAGAUUUCUCUUAUCAUGGGCCCUUGUGCAGGAGGUGCUGUCUAUUCUCCUGCUUUAACAGAUUUCACAUUCAUGGUAAAGGAUACGUCUUACCUGUUCAUAACUGGUCCUGAUGUAGUCAAAUCAGUAACCAAUGAAGAUGUUACUCAGGAGCAACUGGGAGGUGCAAAAACACAUACAUCCGUGUCAGGCGUUGCACACCGUGCCUUUGAGAAUGACAUAGAUGCUUUACUCAAUCUCAGAGAGUUUUUUAAUUAUCUACCUCUUAGUAACAAAGAUCCAGCUCCAGUCCGUGAAUGCCAUGACUCUUGCAACCGAUUGGUUCCUGAGUUGGAUGCGAUUGUUCCAAUGGAAUCUACUAAAGCUUAUGACAUGGUGGAUAUUGUACAAGCGAUUGUUGAUGAGGGAGAAUUCUUUGAGAUCAUGCCCUCCUAUGCCAAGAACAUCAUAGUUGGCUUUGCAAGAAUGAAUGGAAGAACUGUUGGCAUAGUUGGCAACCAACCUAGAGUGGCAUCAGGCUGCCUGGAUAUAAAUUCUUCUGUGAAGGGAGCUCGUUUUGUCCGAUUUUGUGAUGCUUUCAACAUACCUCUGAUAACUUUUGUGGAUGUGCCUGGAUUUUUACCAGGCACAGCUCAAGAAUAUGGUGGAAUCAUACGGCAUGGGGCAAAACUCCUCUUUGCUUUUGCAGAAGCAACAGUGCCAAAAAUUACCAUUAUAACACGAAAGGCUUACGGUGGGGCCUAUGAUGUGAUGAGUUCAAAGCACUUAAGAGGAGAUGCAAAUUAUGCCUGGCCAACAGCAGAGGUAGCAGUGAUGGGGGCCAAGGGAGCUGUCCAGAUCAUUUUCAGAGGAAAGGAGAAAAAUGCUGAAACAGAAUAUGUGGAAAAGUUUGCAAAUCCUUUCCCUGCAGCAACCAAAGGUUUUGUUGAUGACAUUAUCCAGCCCUCCACUACUCGCCUUCGCAUCUGCCGUGAUUUAGAAGUGCUGGCAAGCAAGAAGCAAUCCAACCCUUGGAAGAAGCAUGCUAACAUCCCACUUUGAAUUUAUUCACCCUUCUCAGGCUAUCGGAAAAGAUUAGUGGCGCCUGCUAGGUAUACGUGUAAUUUCAGAUCCUCUGAAAUUUUCACAAUCUUGCGUAACACUUAGGGGUACUUUGAAAUAUAAAACUUGUGGAAGUUGCCUCUUGAGGCUAAGGUUAGGAUAUCCUGUCAUUUUGAUUUCUGAGAGUACUACAGAUUUGCAGAUGUAAAAUCAGCACUUUACAAGUUAACACAGAGAUAAAAGAUUUUAAAAUAAAGUAUGGGGAGAUUGUAACACAAUAAUGUAAUUUACAGGGCAUGAUAGCUGUAAAAGAGAAUAUGAUCAUUAGAGCUGUAUUUGUUACAAGGCAUUGUUCUGGCUGAUAGUUGUCAAUAUGGAUAACAGCUGAGAGGCUUAUGAUGCUAUCUAUAUACCCGUGUGCAAUUACAGUGAAGCCAUACUGUCCAGUCACUCUCAGUAUAGCUUUGUCAGGCUGCUGGCCUCCUUGCUGUUUCAGGGCUUCUAGCUGAGGUGGCUCUGUGCUCCUGCCUUAUUUAAAAAUGUAACAGGUCAAGGGCAACCUGUUCUGGCAAAAUGUACAUUAAUAUUGGUCUGAAAACAGUCUAUUAUUACCCAAAGUAUUCCUUAAAUUACCAUGGCUGCAGUUCUCCAUUUCAUUUUGUCAUUUCAAUUUCUAUACUCCCAGGUUUCUUACAAAAGCAGGCAGAACAAAUACCAGUCAAGUCAUAUAGAUUUGUUAAAAGUGGAGAGUGUGAAAAGACUUUUUACAAAAUUGAUAAAGUAGAGAAUUUUCCCAGGAUUCUUCUGCAAUCAUUUGUAUUUGAUACUGAACUUCCAACAAUUUAGAUAAUUAAAGAUAUAUAAAUAACCUUA